AAGGACCUCUUAAGGGUUAAACUCACUUCCUGGUACUGCUGGCCUGUUGCUAGGAUACAAAGAAUGCUUGGUUCUGCUGAGUCCUACCACGCUCGCUGAGAUUUCAAACAGAAAAGACUGCGUGAAGGUCACCCCACUAUGCCAUUCAUCAAAACACCUCCGAAAGCUCCUCCACGCUCAACGCUGCUGGAGAAUAGGUCCAAAAAAUGUGGCCCGCGUGUCACUGUGUACUCCGUCAAUGGAGACGAAUACACUGGGGAGUGGCUGGACAACAAGAAGCACGGGUGGGGCACGCAGGUGUGGAAGAAGUUAGGCACCAUUUAUAACGGAGAAUGGAAGUGUGGAAAGCGUGAUGGAUACGGCACCUAUAGUGUAGCCAACACAAAGGUGUACGCCAAGAAGUACUGUGGUGAAUGGAGAAAUGGGAUUAAGCACGGGCAUGGAACAUACUUUUAUGAUAACUCUGCAGUGUACGAAGGCGAGUGGAGUGAGGACCGGCGCAGUGGUUGGGGAAGAAUGCUCUUUAACUGCGGAGACGUCUACGAAGGAGAGUGGAUGAAGGAUAAAGAAGACGGCUGGGGUGUCCUUCAAUUUGCAAAUGGAAACUGGUACGAAGGUUCCUGGAAAGAAGGCAAGAAAAGCGGGCGAGGAAAGUUCUACUACCACGACAAAGCUCAGCUUUAUGAAGGCCUUUGGGUCCGAGGCGAAGCGAAAUGCGGGACUUUGUCGGAUUCUGGGCGAGACGACGCACCGACACCCGCCAAGUGUCCCAUCCCGGAGGUAAAACUAAAGGAUGUGAAGACAGUUUUACAAGCGGCUCAGUUGGCACACCUUGAUCCUACAUGCUAAAAUGGCCUAGUGGUUAGAGUGUCCGCCCUGAGAUAGCUGGCAAUCCAAAAGAUUGCAAGCCAGUCUCGUAUCAGUGUUUGUUUCCAGGAUCGGCC